AUGCGGAGCCAGGCAUUGCCCCUCGUUUUUUCCAUCCUUGCCGGCCUGCUUGAGCCGACAGCGUCUCUACCUACCGGCGAACAUGGGCUUCUUUCACAGAGAUCCAGCGUGCCACAGUUCGAAGUCUAUCACGGCGUGGACCUCGAAACACACCAGACCCACUACGACGACCUGAGCGGAAAGGGCUACAGAGUCAUCUCCUUGAGUGCAUACGGCAACGUCUCGAACGCUCAAUACGCCGCGGUAUGGGUCCAGCGGUCCGGACCAGCCUUCACAGCGAUCCACAACGCGAACGCCUCGGCAUUCCAGUCCUGGGUCGACGAGCGCUCGACGGCCGGCUACGUGCCGUCGCUCGUCGCCGUCACCGGCCCCGGCGAGUCGGCCGUCUUCUCGGGCGUCAUGGAGGCGGGCAGGAACACGACGUGGACGCAGACGUGCAACAUGACCCAAGACCAGUUCGCCGGCAACGACCAGCGAGCAAACAGCCUGCGCCAGGGCCUCACGUCGUUCCGGCAGUACGGCACGCCCGGGGACUACCGCUUCUGCGCCAUCUGGCACGCCAACCCGCUGUACGACAAGUGGACCGCGUACACGGCCAACACGCCCGCCGCCGGCUUCCGGGACACGAUCGACACCGAGACCAGCAAGCCGUACUGGCGCCCGGCGUCGCUCUCCAUCGCGGAUGACGGCAGCUACACCAGCCUGUGGGCGGACACGAGCAUCGGCUCGUGGGAUCUGCAGUACGACCUGGCGGCCGCUGAUCUCGAUGCCGAGAUCGAACGGCAGAAGGCGUCGGGCAAGUAUCCCGUCCACCUCAGCGGCGGCGGCGGCGCCAGCUCUUCCAGAUACGCCGCCGUCUUCGCGACGCAGGACACGCCCUCCAAGCGCACCUGGCGCGUCACCGGCGGCGCGGCCACGGGCUUUGCCGACAACACGGCCGUCGAAGCCAAAGCCGAGAGCCUGAUGCAAGACUUCAUGCAAAACGCCGGCGUGCGGCAGGUGCAGCUGGCCAUCGCGCGCAACGGCAGCACGCUGCUCAACAAGGCCUACACGUGGAGCGAGCCGGAGCGGGCGACGACGUCCCCCACCGACACCUUCCUGCUGGCCAGCAACAGCAAGGCCUUCUGCGCCGCGGCCAUCUCCUCGCUCUUCGCCGCCAACCGGCUGCAGCCAAACGCGACCGUCUACCCGCUCCUCAACUACACGGGCGCUUACGACUCGCGCUCCGACGCCAUCACCGUGCAGCAGCUGCUCGACCACACGGCCGGCUUCAAGCGCAGCGUCUCGGGCGACCCGGCCUACGAGAUGCGCGACAUCGCCCUCGCGCAGACCGACGGCGCGCGCGCCGCCACCCUCUCCGACGUCAUCGACUACAUGUACCGCACGCAGGCGCUCGACUACACGCCCGGCGCCGGGUACGAGUACGGCAACUACGCCUACAUGCUGCUGUCGCGCGUCGUCGAGGCCGUCGCCGGCGUCCCGUACUGGGACUACCUGUCGUCCGCCGUGCUGCAGCCCGACGGCCUGGCCGCCAGCGUCGUGCGGUGGAACACGUCAUCCGCCGCCCACGUCGACGACGGCGUCGUGCAGGAGUCCAGGUCGACGGGCUUGUCGGCGCUCGCGCCGCUGGACCCGUUGCCCGUCGCGCACGUCUUCGGCGGCGACGGCCAGGUCAAGGAAUCGUGUCUCGGCGCGACGGGGCUGGCGGCGAGCGCCGACGCGCUGGCGAGGUUUGCCGCGAGGCAUGCGGUUUACGGCGUCGGCGCGAGGUCGUUCGGGUGGAGGGACGGCACGACGUCGGGGGCGAGGACGUAUGUGAAUAGCAGGGCUGAUGGGCUGGAUGUCGGCUUGACCAUAAACACGAGGGAUUUCCCGAACGGGGAUGGCGAUUUCGAGGGUGUGACGGCGGCGGUGUCGAGGUGGUUGAGUGAUUUGCCGUAUCAGUGA